AUGAAACGAUUCGAGGAAUACCGGACUGCCGGCGAGUGCAGCAUUUUCCUUCGCCAGGAGCUCGAAAAGUACGAAGCUCUUCAGCAUCAGCGACAGCUUCGACGCCGAAGUCGAAGGAACCCGCGGCCUGACUUCCACUCCGACUCGGAACCAGACUUGUCUUCCGCGUCCGCGGAUGAGACAUCGGACGAAGAGAGUCUCGGAGCCCGACGACGACGGCAAGGCCAGGUAGUGAAGCGAAUGGAGACGAAGAUGCGCGAACUGAUGGCAGCAGAGCUAGAAGAUUAG